AUGGCAGAUGCCAGAUCACGCAAAUCAUCAAUGGCCUCACUUGCAUUGAGGCAGGCAUCCCCUAUUAUCACCCCAGCCACACUUGAAGGACCUUCCGACGCACCUAUAAGUCGCACACAGGUCAAACUCCGUCCAGAAAUACUCUGGCAGCAAGAGGAUGCUACAAAACUCGAUCACCUGCACAGAUAUCUCAUAAGCAACAAUGCCAGCAGCAGAUCCCAACCCCCAGCACUCCACAGACUACUGGAGAAGAACACAGAGCAUCUUAUCAGCCAUCUAGGCGCUUGGAAACAAACCAUGUUGCAGGAUGUUACACAAGCAGUAGAGAGCGCAAUUCAGCGCCUUCUGACUGCCCCCAGCAGCACAGAUCCACACACACCUCCCAGAAGAGUCUUCACAGUCAUAGACAACACCCCCAAGGCCCCUUCUGGCUCAGGCAGCUCAGGCAACAAGGACUUCUUAGUCCCUAUCAAGGAUGAAUCUGACCCAAAGGGAAAAGGGGUCAAAUUGGAGUCACAAGAGCCUAAAACAACCCUAAACACCUCCCAGACAAUCCCACACACCCAGGAACACCUUGACCCCAACCCAGAGCAGCCCUUCACCAGACCAACAGCUGCAGAUCUCCCAAGCACACCUCAAGCAGCAACAAGUAGUCCCCUAAGCAAAGAAUAUCUAUCAGCUCAACCAGGACAAACAGAUGAAGAAAAGGAGGCAAGAAUGCUACACAACAUUGCUACCAUCAUGGUCAGAGCCUUAUCUGUCCCACUUCAGAGCACCUUCAGGGGACUGUCCCAAACUCCUGGCCCAGCCCAAGCGAAAUCCAAAAUCCCUGCUCCUGAGAAGUAUGAUGGCAAGAAGGGCCCUGCAGCCAAAUCAUUUAUCCUGGAUUGCAAAACCUACUUCCUUAGCAAUGCUUCCUCAUUCCCUUCUGAUCACAAGAAGCUGCUGAAUGGGGAUGACAAGCCAACCUUGGAAUCCUGGAAUACCUUUGAAGCAGCAUUCUUGCGCAACUGGAGCAAUCCAGCAGCAGCACAAAUUGCAGAACAACACCUGCAUAAUCUCAAGCAGCUGAAAUGGGCAAGCAACCAUGCCACAGAGUUUAGAAUCAUAGCCAGCAAACUAGAAUGGUCAGACCCUGCCCUCAUUGCCUCCUUCCGCCAGGGACUCAAGGCAGAAGUCAGAAGCAAGCUGAUUGAGUACACCCUGCACAAGAACAUCACUGCACUGGAUGGGUUUAUCUCCACUGCCUGUCUAAUUGAUGACACGCUGUUUGAAGCACGCAAGGAGCUAAGAAAAGAUAGCAACAGCAGCACCAGCUCACCACAACGCCCGGCUCAAGGGCGCUCAAGCAAUUUUGUUUCCAAGAAGGUUCAGGAAGCAAGAAGAAACGCUGGAGAAUGUUCCAAGUGUGGGGAAAAGUCUCACAAAUGGGAGGACUGCAAGAAUGGAUGGCGCCUCAAAACAAUAGAACGCUCUAAGCCUGAAUCAGGAAAGGCUGCAGAAGUAGAAGAGCUGGAAUCACUUCCCCAAGCGGGAAAAGUCUAA